CCCAGCCUCUGCUGUCUCUUGCAGUGUCCCCACCCCCGGCUCCCUCCCCAAGCCGCCCACCAGCCCCCUUCCCUCUGGCCGGAGCUUGAGCCGAGCCCGGCCGGCUUUUGCCGCGCCGAGCCGCCGGCGCCGCCGGGAAGAUGGCCGUGGCGCUGCGGUACUUGUGGCCUCUCCUCCUGUGCAGCCCCUGCCUGCUCAUCCAGAUCCCCGAGGAAUCGAUGGAGCCCCCUGUCAUCACGGAACAGUCUCCACGGCGCGUGGUCGUGUUCCCCACAGAUGAUAUCAGCCUCAAGUGUGAGGCCAGCGGCAAACCCCAAGUGCAGUUCCGCUGGACUCGGGACGGCGUCCUCUUCAAACCCAAGGAGGAGCCGGGUGUGACCGUGAACCAGGCCCCCCACUCUGGCUCCUUCACCAUCACGGGCAACAACAGCAACUUCGCCCAGAGUUUUCAGGGCACCUAUCGCUGCUUUGCCAGCAACAAGCUGGGCACCGCCAUGUCCCACGAGAUCCAGCUCAUGGCCGAGGGUACCCCCAAAUGGCCAAAGGAGACAGUGAGGCCCGUCGAGGCGGAGGAAGGGGAGUCGGUGAUUCUGCCUUGCCACCCGCCCCCCAGCGCGGAGCCGCUCCGCAUCUAUUGGAUGAACAGCAAGAUCUUGCACAUCAAGCAGGACGAGCGGGUGACCAUGGGGCAGAACGGCAACCUCUACUUCGCCAAUGUGCUUACCUCGGACAACCACUCAGACUACAUCUGCCAUGCCCACUUCCCUGGCACCCGGACCAUCAUUCAAAAGGAACCCAUUGACCUCCGGGUCAAGGCCACCAACAGCAUGAUGGACAGGAAGCCGCGCCUGCUCUUCCCCACCGACGCCAGCACCCACCUGGUGGCCCUGCAGGGGCAGCCGCUGGCCCUGGAGUGCAUCGCCGAGGGCUUCCCCACGCCCACCAUCAAAUGGCUACGCCCGAGCGGCCCCAUGCCGGCUGACCGAGUCACCUACCAGAACCACAACAAGACCCUGCAGCUGCUGAACGUGGGGGAGGAGGACGACGGCGAGUAUCGCUGCCUGGCUGAGAACUCCCUGGGCAGUGACCAGCAUGCCUACUACGUCACCGUGGAGGCUGCCCCGUACUGGCUACACAAGCCCCAGAGCCAUCUGUACGGGCCGGGAGAGACUGCCCGCCUGGACUGCCAAGUGCAGGGCAGGCCCCAACCAGAGGUCACCUGGAGAAUCAAUGGGAUCCCUGUGGAGGAACUGGCCAAGGACCAGAAGUACCGGAUCCACCAUGGAGCCCUGAUCCUGAGCAACGUGCAGCCCAGCGACACGAUGGUGACCCAGUGUGAGGCCCGAAACCGGCACGGGCUCCUGCUGGCCAACGCCUACAUUUACGUGGUCGAGCUGCCGGCCAAGAUCCUGACCCCAGACAACGAGACGUACAUGGCGGUCCAGGGCAGCACCGCCUACCUUCUGUGUAAGGCCUUUGGAGCCCCUGUGCCCAGCGUGCAGUGGCUGGACAGGGAAGGAAAGACAGUGCUGCAGGACGAGCGCUUCUUCCCCUACACCAACGGGACCCUGGGCAUCCGAGACCUCCAGGCCAAUGACACCGGCCACUACUUCUGCCAGGCUGCCAAUGACCAAAACAACGUGACCAUUGUGGCUAACCUGCAGGUCAAAGAUGCCACUCAGAUCACACAGGGGCCCCGCAGCGCGAUCGAGAAGAAAGGCUCGCGAGUGACGUUCACGUGCCAGGCCUCCUUUGACCCCUCCUUGCAGCACAGCAUCACCUGGCGCGGGGAUGGUCGCGACCUCCAGGAGCUUGGGGACAGUGACAAGUACUUCAUAGAGGACGGGCGCCUGGUCAUCCACAGCCUGGACUACAGCGACCAGGGCAACUACAGCUGCGUGGCCAGCACCAAGCUGGACGCGGUGGAGAGCAGGGCAGGGCUCCUGGUGGUGGGGAGCCCCGGCCCCGUGCCUCAGCUGGAGCUGUCUGACCGCCACCUGCUGAAGCAGAGCGAGGUGCGCCUGUCCUGGAGCCCCGCUGACGACCACAACGCCCCCAUUGAGAAGUAUGACAUUGAGUUCGAGGACAAGGAGAUGGCGCCUGACAAGUGGCACAGUCUGGGCAAGGUGCCCGGGAACCAGACCUCCACCACCCUCAAGCUGUCGCCUUAUGUCCACUACACCUUUAGAGUUACUGCCAUCAACAAAUACGGCCCUGGGGAGCCCAGCCCAGCCUCGGAGACUGUGCUCACUCCAGAAGCAGCCCCGGAGAAGAACCCCGUGGACGUGAAGGGGGAAGGAAACGAGACCAACAACAUGGUCAUCACUUGGAAGCCACUCCGGUGGAUGGACUGGAAUGCCCCCCAGGUUCAGUAUCGCGUGCAGUGGCGCCCUCAGAAGACACAGGGGGCCUGGCAGGAACAGAUCGUGAGCGACCCCUUCCUGGUGGUGUCCAACACUUCCACCUUUGUGCCCUAUGAGAUCAAGGUCCAGGCCGUCAACAGCCAGGGCAAGGGCCCGGAGCCCCAGAUCACCAUCGGCUACUCUGGGGAGGAUUACCCCCAGGCAAGCCCUGAGCUGGAAGGCAUCAAGAUCCUCAAUUCGAGCACGGUGCUGGUCAGAUGGUGGCCUGUGGACCCAGCCCAGGUCAAGGGCCACCUCCGGGGAUACAAUGUGACGUACUGGUGGGAGGGCAGUCAGAGGAGGCACAGCAAGAGGCACGUCCACAGAGGCCACGUGCUGGUGCCUGCCAACAGCACCAGCGCCAUCCUGGGCGGCCUGCGGCCCUACAGCUCCUACCAUCUGGAGGUGCAGGCCUUUAACGGCCGGGGACUGGGGCCCGCCAGCGAGAUGACCUUCAGCACCCCCGAGGGAGUUCCUGGACACCCCGAGGCGUUGCACCUGGAGUGCCAGUCGGACACCAGCCUGCUGCUGCACUGGCAGCCCCCGCUCAGCCACAAUGGCGUGCUCACGGGCUACGUGCUCUCCUACCAACCUCUGGAUGAUGGGGGCAAAGAGCAGUUGUCCUUCGACCUCCCGGACCCUGAGCUGCGGAUGCACAACCUGACGAACCUCAGCCCCCACCUGCGGUACCGCUUCCAGCUCCAGGCCACGACGAAGGAGGGCCCUGGAGAGGCAAUCGUGCGGGAAGGAGGCACCAUGGCCUUAUCUGGGACCCCGGAUUUUGGCAACAUCUCGGCCAUGGCUGGCGAGAAUUACAGCGUGGUCUCCUGGGUCCCCAAGGAGGGCCAGUGCAACUUCGGGUUCCAGAUCUGGUUCAAAGCCCUGGGGGAUGAGAAGCUGGGCGCUCAUCUCCCGCCGCAGUACGUCAGCUACAACCAGAGCUCCUACACGCAGUGGGACCUGCAGCCUGACACUGACUACGAGAUCCACUUGCUCAAGGAGAGGGUUCUCCUGCACCAGAUGGCCGUGAAGACCAACGGCACUGGCCGAGUGAGACUCCCUCCCGCCGGCUUUGCCACGGAGGGCUGGUUCAUCGGCUUCGUCAGCGCCAUCAUCGUCCUGCUUCUCAUCUUCCUCAUCCUUUGCUUUAUCAAGCGCAGCAAGGGUGGCAAGUACUCAGUGAAGGACAAGGAAGACACCCAGGCGGACUCGGAGGCCCGGCCCAUGAAGGACGAAGCCUUCGGCGAGUACAGUGACAACGAGGAGAAGGCCUUCGGCAGCAGCCAGCCAUCCCUCAACGGAGACAUCAAGCCCCUGGGCAGUGACGACAGCCUGGCCGACUACGGGGGCAGCGUGGACGUGCAGUUCAACGAGGACGGCUCCUUCAUCGGCCAGUACAGUGGCAAGAAGGAGAAGGAGGCGGCGGGAGGCAACGACAGCUCAGGGGCCGCCUCCCCCAUCAACCCUGCGGGGACCCUGGAGUAGCAGGGUCCAGCCAGCCCAGGGCCAGGCCGCAGCCGACUCAGAGGCCAAGCCCCACCGUCCGAGGCCUGUGCUGGGUCCCUGACCUUGGGACUGAGGCCCCUCCCUCUCUUCACCAGGCGGUGGCCCGGCCCUCUGAUCCUGAGCCCGAGGGAGGCUUAAGUCGGGGGCAGAGAAGAGGAACUCACUGCCUCUAAUCCCCUUCUGACUGCCUGGUCCCCACUCGAUUGCCAAAACCCAGCUGCACCCCUUCUUGGGCACACACUGCUUUACUCCAGCUCGGGGGCCAGUCACCCACACAUCAGGAGCCUUCAGGUGCUGCCUCGCCGGCCUUUGGGCAGAGAGAAGCUGUGGUCAGGGCAGAGGAAGCGGGGAUGCUGCCCGGUGGGGUCUCCUCAGGACCACGGCUGGCACCUGCACCCCCAGCCAUUGCUUGGCCAGCCUGGCUGGGACAGGGGACAGAACAGUGUCCCCACCAUCUGCUCCCUUUUCUUUGCCAUCUCUGCUCCAACUGGGAUGGGAGCUGGGCAGGCUGGCCAUGGGUGCAGAGGAGGCCAUCUGGAGAGCCCAGAGUCCCACCUGCCGGUGUCGCACUCGGCCCGGCCCACCCCACCCUGCGGCCGGCUUUCAGGAGUUCCAUACACACGCUGCCUUUGGUACCCGCCAGACGACAUCCAAGUGGCCUCCGUCACUGCCCAGGUGCGGGGCAGGCACACCUCCUCCCCCCUGACCCUGGCCUCUCCCAGCCUCCACCGCACCCCAGGACCCCUUAGCGACCCCCCGCCCCCACCCCCAGUCUGAACAGUUCCCUUCCUCAGCCUCCCCCAGCCCCACCUUGGGAUGUAAAUACACCGUGACUUUGAAAGUUUGCACCCAUGCCCUUUCCCCAUAUGCCACUAGUGUGUAGGCAGAUGUCUGAGUCUCUAGGUGGUUUCUAGGUUUUAUAGCAAUUAGCUUUGAUGAUCCCAUCCCAGGAAAAAUAAAAACAGACAAAAAAAAAAAAAAAAAAGGAAAGAUUGGUUCUCCCGGCUCUGCUACGCUCCCGCCCAGCAGCCCCCAUCUCCCCAUAUGCCUUUGCUCGGUCUGUGGAUGAGCCCUUUACAAAAAGCAAAAGUCUAUAUAUAUAUGUACAUAAAUAUCAGAAUUAUAAAAGGCAAAUAAAA